AUUGAUUUCAUUAUUUCCUGCCGAGAGAACUCCUACUUCCACACUCAAUCACAAUUUAUAAUUUAUUUAUUAUUUCUUCAAAAAUUAAAAUUAUUUUUCACAUAUAAACAUUUUUUAAUUGGUUGUAAAGUGACCUAGAAAUUUUUCAUACAAAGUGUGAGGCAAAAUCAAUGUCUCAGAGAAAGGAGCAAGCUUUUGGAGUUGUGAUAUAGCAGUUCAAAUGUUACAAAUAUAAAAGAACAUGUGUUGAUAAAUUUAAUUAUUAUGUAAUUUACAUGUUACUAUGUGGUAGUGUAUACAACAGUUUUAAUAUAUGACAAGGUAUUCAUCAUUUUCAUCUUAACAAGAAAUGGAGACAUAAGCAAUGGAAACAGAUGGUGAUUGGAGAGUGGCCCGAGAGGGCAUUCAACUUUUGUUGAACAACAAGAUAACAGAAGCAGAACAACUUUUUGGUGAUAGAAAGGACAAUGUGCAGAUGGCAGCUGGCUACUGUUUUGUGACUUUUAUGGCCUUCCGCGUGCGUGUGUUCGGCGCCACCUCCUCGUCCUCCACCGGCGGCGGGGGCGGCGGCGCGGGCGGCGAGGCGACGGCGGCGGCGGCGGCGGGCGAGGCGGAGCGGCUGGAGCAACAGGUCAUCCUCGCCGACUCGCAGGUUCGGAUGGCGGAAAAACGUUGA